AGGCUGGUUAACAUGGUGAAACCCCGUCUCUACUAAAAAUACAAAAAUUAGCUGGGUAUGGUGGUAGAUACCAGUAAUCCCAGUUACUGGGAAGGCUGAAGCCGGAGAAUUGCUUGAACCUGAGAGGCAGAGGUUGCAGUGAGCCGAGAUGGUGCCAUUGCACUCCAGCCUGGGCAACAAGAGUGAAACUUUGUCUCAAAAAAAAAAAAAAGUCAAGCUCCUUCUCUUCCUCUCCUCUCAUGGUGUGUCCUUUACUCUGCUUCUCACCAGAUCUUCUUAUAAGACUUUCAGGAUUAAGCGAUUCCUGGCCAAGAAGCAAAAGCAAAAUCGUUCCAUUCCCCAGUGGAUUCAGAUCAAAACUGGUAAUAAAAUCAGGUGCAACUUUAAAAGGAGACAUUGGAGAAGAACCAAGCUGGGUCUAUAAGGAAUUGCACAUGAGAUGGCGCACAUGUUUGUGCUGUCUGAGCGUCACAAUCACGUUAUCAUAUCAAGCUGAAAAUGUUACCACUAUCUGGAGACUUGGACAUGUUUUAUUGGGAAUAUAUUUUUUCUCUGAAUCUGUUAUGAACCCGUUGGUUGGCUGGGUUCAGUAACAAUUAUGUGAGACUUUUCAUUUCAAAAAAAUAAAGUCAAAUGAUGUAA